UGCAUACUGAACCCAAGUUGGUUCACGGCGACUUUAGGAACUCGCGCCAUGUCCAGCCAGGAAGCCACGGCGACGGAAACCGCCCACCGCGAGCUCUCUAUGAACACACAUGAAGCUGGAAGGAUAACGAGGAGGCAUUAUCCCUUCGGUCGUGACCUGGUGCGCCAUCUAGAGGAAGCUUCGUCCCCGGCGUUACCUGUCGGCGCGAUUGUCGGCAUAGCGCUUGGAGUCGUCGUCGUCGGCUUUGUCGUUUACAAUUGCAUUCGUCGCCUCCGCCUUGAGAACAGACGAAAGAAAACCCAAAUGCAGAUGGACCGUGCCUUGCUCGAAGGUGCCCAGCAGGACCCGACCAUGUUGAUGGACGACCCUUCCCACUUGUAUCCGCCACCGUCGUCGUCCACUACACCUAAAAUCCCAAAACGUCCCGACAUCGGCAUUGUCCAAACGCCCAUCGAACACGUUGUUGGCAGUACAGGCUCGGACGACUUUGUCAUCAUGGGCAACAACGGGAAACCACCUCCAAUCCCACGUCUUCCCAAAGCGAACAAGGUCGGCGUGCAUCAUGUCACUGCCCCACCUGCCUACAUACACCCGUCGUCCACGAAACCACUGCCUGCGCCAGGGAGCCACGCGGAAUCAUCGUUUGCCGCAUCCUGUAUCAGUGACGACAUCGCUAUGUUGCAGUCCUCUCGUGGCGGCAGCUUUGACAGCGAGGUCGUCGAGCAUACAAAACCACGCGCCGUGUAGACUCGAUCGUGUUUAUGUCGAAUGUUAUCGUACCAUAUCGUGGGUUGCACGGUUUCAAAUGGUUUGACCCGCGCAUGCUCUGGACACGCCGC